AUGGCGGCUUCCGGAGGCAAGUGCCCUCCCAUCGACAUCACCCUCCGUUCCUCGGACAAGCUCGACGAGUACACGACCCGCACCUUCACGCUCCGUCCUGGGAGCAUGGUGCAGAUCGGCCGCGCCUCCAAGAACGCCGCCAAGCCAGAGCUCAUGGUCGGCCCUGCCAACGCCUUCAUCGACAGCCCGACCAUCUCCCGCGAGCACGCCGUGCUCACAGCAACGCCUCCGCCAGCAGCCUGCGUGUGCAUCCAAGACAAGGGUUCCAUGCACGGCACCAUGGUCAACGGCGUCAGGCUGGACCCUCUGAAGGCCCAGCGCCUGAACAACGGCGAUGUCCUGCAGUUCGGUGCCAACGUCACCCGCGAGCAGCUCUUCUAUACCGCACGCCAGUUCACCUUCGAGUCCUCCCUGCCCUCGUACCCCAACGGCAUCACAGUCCCGGAAUCCUCGGACGACGAAGAUGUCGAGGUGGACGACGAGUUGAGCUGCCCACCCAGCUACGGCACCCAGACAAACCCCCUCACCAUCGACAUCGACCACGUCAAUGAGCGACGCCUUGUCGAGACUGAAGAUGCGGACCAUGUUCCCGAGGUUCGUGCCAAUGCCAGCAACGACAACGAGUUCGACGACGACGAGCUCGACAAGCACCUCCAGGAGACCACUCUUCCUCUAGCUUCUAGUCACGACGCGCAGGAACGCUCGCCAUCGCCCGAUGAUGGUGAUGAAGAUGACGACGACCCCAUGUUCUACCCCGAGCAUCUGCCCACCGCUAACCCCAAGGGACAUGGAUAUAUUUCUGGGGACGAUGUCUUCUCAGAGGGCGAUGCUGCCUCCAUCUCUUCCGGCGAGGACGAAAAUGUGUCUCAGCUAGACAGGUACGGCAUCGCCUCGGCUGACUCUGACGAGAGUCAAUCAGAUGGCGACAUGGAACUGGCCGAAGAGGACGAUGGCGAAGAGGAAGAGGAGGGUUCCGCCUCUUCACCGUUUUCCAUGCAGAUCAAGCUUCUGGAGCAGCAGAACAAGACCCGUCUGAUGUUUGCUCGACAAGAGCAAGACAGCCAGAAGAUCAGCUCUGAGGUUCGCCCCGUUUCUCCCGAGACUCAAGAGGGCUUGAGCGGUGCCUCGACCACGAUAGAUUUUGGCAACGACAGCUCCGAGUUGGGUCUUACUGCGCCGCCUGCCCCUCCCGCGCCAUUUGUAAACUCUGGGCCUGCGACACUGCUCACGACCGAAGGCGAGGCGCCCAAGCUGCCAGACACAUACUUCACAUCGAACGACGUCUUCUCUGACUCCUACCAUCGCACUUAUCUCGACGGCAUGGAACCUCUACCACCUCGCCCUGCAGCUCCCCGCCCAAUGUGGCCCUCGAUGGUUGACUACACCAGCUCGUUUUCCCCGCCGGCAAACGCGUCCAACUUCCCUGCCGCCUACUCGCCCCACUUUGUAGGGAAUUAUUCUGGCCCGGCUGAACAAUUCUUGUCCCACCCGUACGCCGCACCGCACUCUUACUCGUCGGCAGUAGAGAAUCCAUGGGAGCAGUCCAAGAGCUCUGCCGCACUUCCAAUCUCGGGUGUGCAGACACCACCGCCCGCGCCGUCUUCCGAGUUCUCGUCACCCCCAGUGCGCCGAACCGAGGUGUCGAUCCGUGAAAUCGUCGAGGACGUCACGCAGCAGCCACCCACGCCGACCUCGGUCACUGGGGGCUUGAAACGCAAGGCCGAAGUCUUGGAUGAGGCUGUGGAAGGCCCUGAAGAAGAACCCAUGCCUGCUGCGCAGGCACCGGCGGGUGCCACUGCUCCCGAUGCGACAGCGGUCGAAGCAGUCAAUGCCAUCGAUCAGCGUCCCAAGAAGCGACCGCGAUCUCUCCUCACCAAAGCUGCAUCCUACGUGGCCUCCGGUCUCAUCGGUGCAGCAGGCGCUGUGGUUCUCCUCACAUCCGUUCCUAACGACUUCUUUGUCGCUUAA